AUGGCAAGGAGUUCCCCAUCAAUCAAAGUCAUCUUUCUGUCUUUAUGAAUCAAGGUCCCCCCCCUUAUUAUUAUUGAUCUGCUCAACUCAAAAUUGCCCAUUCUGAUGGUUUUCAAGUGAGUGUUAACAAAAGCUGUAGUGGGUUAAAGAGGAAGAGAAGAAGAAAAAGAAGAAGAAGAAGAAGAAGAAGGGAAAGACAACUCCAGUGUGAGAGGAACCCUGCUUCUUUUACAGUUCAAAAAGAGUUGUCAAAUCAACUUCCAGCUUUUCACACUUUGGAUGUUCUAUAUAUUACUGCUUUGGAAUAAUAUAUCCCAGAACGAUGAUCUCUAGCUGUUGAUGCAUUUUCAGAUUGGGAGAGGAAGAAGCAGAGAUGGAUAAGCAAGGAAAAAGAUGCCGCCGCCGUGUGGUGCUAGUGCCAUGUCCAUUCCAAGGUCAUAUUAAUCCAAUGCUUCAGCUAGGAACCAUCCUUCAUUCUAAGGGCUUCUCUGUCACCAUAAUUCACACCCAGUUUAACUCUCCUAAUCCUUCCAGCCACCCAGAACUCAUCUUUCUACCUAUACCGGAUGAUUUAUCGGAUCAAGAAAUAGCGUCCGGGAAUUUGGUAGUUCUGAUAUCAGCACUCAGUGACAAAUGCAAAAAACCCUUCCAGGAAUGCUUGCUUCAGAUGAUAGUACGACAGGAUUCUGAUGAUGAAAUCGCUUGCAUCAUAGAUGAUGAGCUUAUGCACUUUUCGGAAGCAGUAGCUAGUCAAAUGAAGCUUCCAAGCAUGAUAUUGCGCACUAUCAGUGCAGCCACCUUUAUUUCUCGAGUUGUCCUGCUUCAAAUACAAGAAGGCGGUUCUAUCCCCUUCCCAGAUGCUAUUUCACUGGAUCCAGUGCCUGAACUUAGCUCUUUAAGGUUCAAAGAUCUUCCAAUUUCCAAGUUCGGGUUAACAAAUAAUUACUUGCAGCUGAUAUCUCACACAUGCGAUAUUAAAACAGCUUCUGCUGUCAUUUGGAAUACCAUGGAUUGUCUUGAAGAACCAUUGUUGGCCAAGCAGCAGGAAAAGCAAUUUCCCAUUCCAAUCUUCAAGAUAGGCCCUAUACACAAAUUUGCACCAGCCUUGUCUAGCAGUCUGCUAAACGAGGAAACCAGUUGCAUUACAUGGCUAGAUAAGCAAAUUCCUAACUCGGUUCUUUACAUAAGCUUGGGAAGUGUAGCUUCCAUAGAUGAAACAGAACUUGCUGAGAUGGCCUGUGGUCUUGCAAACAGCAAGCAACCUUUUUUAUGGGUGAUUAGGCCUGGUUCCAUACAUGGUUCAGAGUGGAUUGAAUUAUUGCCUGAGGGUUUUAUCGGAACUACUAAACAACAAGGUCAUAUUGUGAAAUGGGCACCCCAAAGGGAAGUGCUAGCACAUCCAGCAGUGGGAGUGUUUUGGAGCCAUUGUGGUUGGAAUUCGACAUUGGAGAGCAUAUCUGAAGGGGUUCCAAUGAUAUGCAGACCAUGUUUUGGGGAUCAAAGAGUGACUGCAAGGUAUGCGAGUCAUGUUUGGAGAAUAGGGUUGCAAUUGGAGAACAAGUUGGAGAGACAAGAGAUAGAAAGUACAAUAAGAAGGCUAAUGGUAGAUGAAGAAGGAGAAGGAAUAAGGCUGAGGGCUAAAGAUUUGAAGGAAAAUGUUGAGAUUUGUUUCAGGAAAGGCGGCUCCUCUUACAAUUCAUUGAAUAAGUUAGUAGAAUUUAUGUCUGUAGCUCAAAUCAACACAGCUAGAGAUGUCAGAUAGAUAUAGAAGAACAUUGAAAUAAUGCACUAAAAUGUAGGGCAAUUUGUUGAACAAGGCAGUUUUAAUUGUUGCUGUUCUGUUUCUAUAUUUAACUUUGAGUUCCAUUCCAAUCA